AUGACCGUGCUGUAUCUGUCAGCAGAUAACCACACACUGAAAAUGUCAAUAUUUGGAAAACAAUAUUUAGGCCCUCUCAUUAGCUAUGCAGCCUCCCCAGUUUGGUGUCCUGUCUAUACCAAUCUACCAAGCAGUCUGAAAUUGGAAAAGGUGCCUGGACAGUGUUGUCCUAAAGUUGUAUUCGUCUUCACUGGAACAAUAAUAUCGUUUACUGCUCCUCCCAACAUGUGCUUUUACAAGGGCAAUUCUUAUGGAACUGGGGAGAAAUGGGAUGAUGGAUGUGAUUACAAAUGUGUCUGUACAGAUGCUGCAACGGGAAGAUAUAAGUGUACACAAAAAUGUGUCACUUGGAACUUGCCACCAAUAUGUCAUUUGAAUGAACCAGCUCCAGGCAAAUGCUGCAAGACACCUAAUUGUCCAUAUUUUGUAACAAUCAAUUACCCACCUGACUACCAAGAAGAGUGA